AAAUGCCUUCCGCCGGCGUUUCAUUAAUUUGUGCAUCUUGUAAUCAGCUCCGAUUUCCUCACCAUCUAGUGUCUGCCCGCCUGGCUUGGCUGAGGUUUUGUCUGUCGUAAAUCAGAACAGGAUUGCACCCGGAACUAAUAAUUCUGACCACAACGGCUGGAAGACGGGGGUUUUACUGUCCUUGUCAAGGAAAUAAAAGAAGAAGAAUAUUAUCUGAACAAAUCGGCGACAAAAAAUAAAACAUUAGAAGAUUUUAAAAAAAAUAAUAGAGGCGAGAACAAAGCUACUAAAGUCUGGUGAAAAAGGAGGAAAGAAAAGGCACUCGCUUUGUGAGGAUAUUAUUCCAAGACUUCUGAAAGCUUAGUUCUGUUCUGAGGAGUCCGAGCUUCUAAUUAUAGCCCAACAUGGCGGCCCCAGCCCAGGGAGGAGCAAACAAGAGUCAAGGACAGGCGCUGGCGGGGUGCAACUUUGUCGCCCAGGACCAAAUCUGG